AGAGUCGAAUGAUGGCUUGUUUGUGUGUAACGCGAAGCUUGACUAAAAUGGAGUCAUGUCGUUGUGCAAAAUUAAUUGAAAAUUUUCAAUAAAAUACAUUAAUAAAAGUGAAAAAGAAGUGAUAUAAUUAAAGAAUAAGCCCAUGGCUAUCGAAUUCAAUAAAAGUUUAUUUGAAAAUUGCAUAUUAAAGCCGUAAAACCUCACAUAGAAAAGAGGCAAGCAAUUUUCUUUGACAAUCGCAGUCAAACUUACAUUCAAGCAAAAAUAUAUUCGUGUCCGAAAGCGAAGCUAGCCAGUGUAGAUGAUUGCUAAAGCCAACUAAAUCCGCAAAACGGUUCGUGCAUUCUGUGGAUAUUUAGAUAUAUAAAAUUGAGAAAAUUAUUGAGAAUUCGAAAAAACGUAAACAAGACAAAGACCUCCUCAGUAGUCGAUCCGUGAGUGUGAGUGCAUGUAUAUGUGUGUGUGUGUGCAAAAAAUGUAAAGGGAGAAUUGAGAAACGUUAAAAACAAAAGAAAACAAAACAAGAAAAAAUACAUUGAAGAAAAAAUAACAACGAAGCAAACAAAUGAAAAAAGAGACCCUCUCUCUCGCUCUCUAUACCGUCACUCUCAGUCAAGUAUUUUAAUGUACGCAAGUGAAUAAAAAAGCACUGAGAAAAAUUUAUUAAUAAUAAGAUUAAAUAGAUAUAUGUAACAGCAGCAGCAACAACAACAACAACAAAUACAAACAAGAUAUUCCAUUUAAUUACUUGGCUCUGUUGCAAAACUGCAAAAAUAUUGAAAAUAAGAAAUCUGAAGAAUAAUAAUAUCAACAACAACAAUUGUUAACCUUGCAUUUGGCUUAAACGAAUCUUGCUUGCAUUAAUGUUGUGGAGUAUUCCUUCUUCUGUUCGUCUUUGCUGAUCACUUUUUGCAGUAAUGAUUUGAAUGCAUAACCUUUACGCCAGGUUGCAGCGGAGUAGGAGGGUUUUCGCAAAACUAAAUAUUUUGUUAAGCUGCAACUAAAGAAACGGAAAAUCGCCAAGGAUUGAGUUAAAUAAGUAAUGAAUGAGAAAAUAAAAUCACCCUCUGGGCAGGGUGGUGCUGGAUCAGGUCCUGGUCCUGUCGGAAGUGGCCCACAGACAGCAACAAGUGGUAGUAAUGGUGGCAAUAGCGGCGGUAGUGGUGGCGAUCCAAAUCCCGGAGGCAAUGGAAAUGCACCCGGUGGCGGACCAUCGGCACCAGCUGCGGGGACACCCGGUGGCAGUGGACCACCGACCCCAAACAAUGGCAGUGAUACACCGGCACAAAUGCCACCACAUCCCUAUGGACCACCGGGUGGUGGUGAUCCUGUAAUGUCACAUUAUCACAUGCACCAGCAACCACCACACCCGCAACAUAUGCCACCACAUCAACAGCUUGUUGGCGGUCCACCACCACCGCCACCGUCAUCACAAAAUCCCGGUGAACAUCCGCAAAAAGAUGUCGGUGCUGAGUAUGGACAAAGUCCAUUAGGUGGUCCCCCGCCACCGAUGCCAGGCCAUCAUCCAAUGUAUGGCCGUUUUCAUCAUGCCGAUCCAAAUAUGGAUCCCUAUCGCUAUGGUCACACACCAAUGCAACAGCCACCACCAGGUGGUAAACCACAACAGUCAGCGCCGGGUGGUGGUCCCGGUAUUGGUUCACCAAAUCGACCACCUCCACAACGCUAUAUACCAGGACAAGCGCCACAAGGCCCGACACCAACUUUAAAUUCAUUGUUGCAGUCGUCACAUCCGCAACCACCGCCUCAGCAUAGGUAUACGAAUAGUUAUGAUCCACAGCAGCCGCCACAACAACCUCCGCCAUCGCAAUCACAACCGCCACCACAGGGUGGAGCUGGUGGUGGACCACCACAGCCACCGGGUGGAGUACAGGGCGGUCCACCGCCACCACAACACGGAGGACCACCACCUCCAACGCAUCAGCCGCAUCAGUCACCAUAUGGUGGCCAACAAACGGGUUGGGCACCGCCACCAAGACCCUAUAGUCCACAAUUGGGACCUUCACAGCAGUAUAGAACCCCACCACCGACAAACACUUCCAGAGGUCAAUCCCCAUAUCCGCCAUCACAAGGUCAAAACUCAGGUUCCUAUCCAAGUUCGCCCCAGCAACAACAGCCACAGCCGGGACAGCAACAACAACAACAGCAGCAGCAACAAACUCAGCAACAACAACAGCAACAGAGUAGUAGUGGUAGUGGUGGCGGUAGUGGAGGUGGUCCACCACCGCCGCCACAAUCUUCAAAUCAAGGCACAACACCAUCUCAAUAUUCACCAUAUCCCCAGAGAUAUCCAACACCGCCUGGCCCGGCGACAGGACCAAAUCAUCGAACUGCCUACACGACGCAUCAGUAUCCGGAACCAAAUCGGCCUUGGCCUGGCGGUUCAUCGCCUGCUCCUAGUCCUGGCCCCGGUAGUCAUCCCCUGCCACCAGCAUCACCUCAUCAUGCCCAGCACGGUGGUCCACCGCCAAGCAGUAGUCCGAGUCAUGCGCCAAGUCCGUCACCGCAACCUUCGCAAGCCUCGCCGUCACCUCAUCAGGAGCUUAUUGGUCAAAAUAGUAAUGAUAGUUCCAGUGGUGGCGGCCAUAGCGGCUUAGGUUCGGGUCCACCAGGUACUCCCAAUCCCCAACAAGUAAUGCGUCCCACACCUUCGCCAACGGGAUCCUCGGGUUCACGUUCCAUGUCACCGGCAGUCGCCCAAAAUCAUCCAAUUUCACGGCCUUCUAGUAAUCAAUCUAGUAGUGGUCCAAUGCAGCAACCCGGUGGUGGACCCCCACCACCCCCAUCUCAGCAAUCGGCACAGCAGCAACAGCAAUCUCAGCAAGGUCCUGGAGUUCCAAACUCUUCGUCUUCAGCUAGUAAUUCACCUCAACAAGGACCGCCUACCUCAGCUGCCAGUGGCAGUGGCGGUCCACCCGGCGGUGGCCAACAACCUCCACCGCUAUCGAAUCAGAAUAGUAUAGGAUCACAACCGCCGCCCCAAGGGCCAGGUGGUGGUGCUCAGGGUUAUCCUCUACCGCCUCAUAUGCAUGGCAGCUAUAAAAUGGGUGGUCAAAGCCCUGGACCGCAGGGUAUGCACUCCGGUUAUCCACCUCCACCGCCGCAACAAGCUCAACAAUACUCUCAAGGUAGCUACCCGCCACGACCGCAAUAUCCGCCUGGUGCUUAUGGUUCUACACCACCACCGCCAUCAAGUCAGGCUUCAUCGGUCAAUAGCAUGCCACCCGGUGGUCCACAACAGUAUCCUGGCGCCAGACCCAUGCCAAAUCAUAGUGGCCAAUAUCCGCCCUAUCAAAAUUGGGUACCGCCAUCGCCACAGCAAGGCGGACCUGGUCCCGGAGGUCCAGGUGCACCUGGUGCUCCCAACAUGGGUAAUCAUAUCCAGGGCAAAGCAACGCCACCUCCUCCCCAGGGUAGUGGUUCGCCCCGUCCGCUGAAUUAUUUAAAACAACAUUUGCAGCAUAAAGGUGGUUAUCCGGGCGGUGGGCCACCAGGUGGUCCGCCUCAAGGUUACGGUAAUGGUCCCGGUAUGCAUCCUGGCAUUCCAAUGGGUCCACCCCAUCACAUGGGUCCUCCACACGGACCAACAACCAUGGGACCUCCACCCACAACUCCACCGCAAUCAAUAAUGGCUGGUGGUGUCAGUGGUGGUGAAGGAGGCGGUCCACCGCCACCAGACCACAUUUCACAGGACAAUGGUUUGAGCUCGGGUUCAUCAGGAUCGGCCUCAGGACCAUCACAACAUCCAGUCACAUCUGUAGUCACAACCGGUCCAGAUGGAACACCAAUGGAUGAUGCUAGCCAACAAAGCACAAUAUCCAAUGCUUCGGCAGCAUCAGCUGAAGAUCCCCAAUGCACUACUCCAAAAUCUCGUAAAAAUGAUCCUUACGGCCAGAGCCAUUUGGCACCACCUAGCACAUCACCUGGUGGUGUUGGUGCAGGUGCCCAUCCCGGCCAUCCUGGUGAAGACUACGAAAUGAAUUCCCCUCCCAAUUGGGCACGAACACCUGCUAGUCCAGGUUUCAAUAGUCACGUUCCACAGCCGGAAACAUUUCGUGCAACACCAACAGCUGGCCCCACCACAGCUCCAACUUCAGCCAAAAAAUCCGAUAGCCUAUGUAAGCUCUAUGAAAUGGACGACAAUCCCGAGCGUCGUGUUUGGCUAGACAAGCUGAGAGCAUUUAUGGACGAGAGGCGUACACCCAUCACAACCUGUCCAACCAUCUCGAAACAACCCCUCGAUCUUUACAGGUUAUAUUUGUAUGUAAAGGAACGAGGCGGAUUCGUCGAGGUAUGCAAGGUUACCAAAAGUAAAACAUGGAAGGAUAUUGCUGCCCUAUUGGGCAUCGGUGCAAGUAGCAGUGCAGCAUAUACGCUGCGCAAGCAUUACACUAAAAAUCUAUUGGCCUACGAGUGUCAUUUCGAUCGUGGUGAUAUUGAUCCUUUGCCUAUUAUCCAACAAAUUGAAGCUGGUACUAAGAAGAAAUCGGCUAAAGCUGCUUCGGUACCAUCACCAGGUAAUAAAUCGGGCUCAUCAAAUUCUCAAGACUCAUUCCCAGCACCAGUGGGUGCUGCCAAUACCUCUAUGGAUGGCUAUCCUGCAUAUCCUGGAAACUAUCCCGGUGCUGGACCCCAGCCAGAUUAUGGAGCUGCCGGACAAAUGCCUAGGCCACCAUCUCAAAGUAAUGCACAAAGUCCACAUCCAGGUCCAAAUAAUCAAACAUCAGCGGCGACACCUGGUGGUGAUAAUAUCAGCGUCAAUAAUCCCUUCGAUGAACCGGUUGGCAGUGGUGCCCCCAAUGCCAAUGUAACUGCUCAUGGAAAUAAUGUCAGCGGCGGUGCGGCUGCACCAACACCACCAAAUGUGGUGGCCACACAGCCGCCACCAUCGGCAAGACCACCUUAUCCUCCCGGAGGACCCUAUCCCCCACCACCGGUGUCUCGAGCACCAGGUUCGCCAUACCCAGGGCAACCAGGUGCUUAUGGCCAAUAUGGCUCUGGUGAUCAGUACAAUGCUGCCGGACCACCCGGUCAAUUUGGUCAACAACAGGGACAAUUUCCUCCCCAAAAUCGUAGCAUGUACCCUCCCUAUGGACCCGAGGGAGAAGCGCCACCUAGCGGCUCGAAUCAGUAUGGACCCUAUGGUAAUCGUCCAUAUAGCCAACCACCACCUGGCAGUUCGCAGACCCCAUCAGCGCCCGGUGCCCCAUCUGCAGCGGGUGGCCCUCCACAAAGUGGUCCUCCGGCUCCUGGUAGUUCUCCUUAUCCACCACCUGGAGCUCCUGGUCAACAGGACUAUUACAGACCACCCGAUCAGGGACCACAACCCAGACGACAUCCAGAUUUCGUUAAGGAUUCUCAACCCUAUCCUGGCUAUAAUGCAAGGCCACAAUUGUAUGGUGGUUGGCAAGGCGGCUCGAAUCAGUACCGUAAUCAAUAUCCCACUUCACCAUCCCCACAAGCUUGGGGUGCUGCACCACCACGAACACAAGCACCUCCUGGCAGCCAGCUGGGACCACCAGGUCAACAGCAGCCUCCUCCUGGGGCAGCCACACAAUGGGAUCAACAUCGAUAUCCACCACAACAACAACCACCACAGCCACAGCAACAACAACAGCAGCCACCUUACCAACAGUCGGGUCAACAACAGCCGCCACCACCACAAUGGGCACAAAUGGGCGGAGCUGGCACUGGUACACCGGGGGCACCACCAAGUGGUACUCCUGGUUCUCCUUUAAGGCCACCUAGUGCUGGUCAGCAGAGAAUGCCCAAUUCCGGCCCGGGAAAUAUGAGCGUUCCCGGUGGCAGUGGUCAAAUGGGUGGUCCACAACCUGGACAAGGGGGUGUUGCACCACCAAAUAGCAGCAGCGCUUCUGCUGGUGCUGCAAUGCCACCAAACACCAGUAUGGGAAAGCAGCCACCAUUUUCAAUGCCCCCACCUCCACAGGCAGGUGGUGCUAAUGCUGCCGGUACCCAAGGACCCGGUGGCAUGAUGCCGGCUGUGAAUCAACAGAAACCACCAAUGGGUGUUGUUGGACCAGGCGGCGCACCUUUACUACAGCCUCAAUCACAGCAGCAACAGCCGCCGCAAAUGCAACAGCAAGUGCAAUCGCAGCCACCACAGCAGCAACUACCACAACAGCCACCGCCACAGCCACAACCCCAGCAACAGCAGCAGCCCUUCCCUCCACCGGUGGGUCCUGGACCACCAUUAAUCAAAAAGGAAAUAGUUUUUCCACCCGACAGUGUGGAGUCCACAACACCAGUGCUGUACAGACGUAAGCGAUUGACAAAGGCCGACAUAUGUCCCGUCGACCCCUGGCGUAUAUUCAUGGCCAUACGGUCUGGCCAACUGACCGAAUGCACAUGGGCUCUCGAUGUGCUAAAUGUGCUUUUGUUUGACGAUUCCUCAGUUCCAUACUUUGGUCUGGUACAUCUGCCCGGACUACUAACGUUGCUGCUAGAGCACUUCCAAAAGAAUCUCGCCGAGAUGUUUAGCGACGAGGGCGAUGACAACAAGUCUGGCUCGAGCUCCAAAGGCAAUAGAAAGUCAUCAUAUAAACGAUGUAUUUCCGCCCACAUGACUGCCAACCGAAGAAGGCUAUGUGAUACCAUUAAGCAGGAGGCGGUGGAUCGACAAGAGGAUGAUCCUCAAUCGCGCUUACAUGACAAUACAUCGGGUAACAUUGGAAUAUCUAAUGAGAAUUACGACAUCGUAGACGAUGCCUCCGAUGAAGAUGAGGGCAUCGAUCUGGGACAAGUGAAACAACCACCCAAUCCCGAGGAGAGGGUAGUACUAUUAGCUAACACACCCAAUUACACAAUGAUGUCUCGAAAGGGUUUGCCAGUACGCCUACAACCUGCCGAAAAUGAUAUAUUCAUAACAGACGGCCUGAAGGAGUGGGAUUCCGAAUUUAAUGGCAACUAUGAAGAGACUGCUCCCGUGGGUAGUAAUGCCUGGACGUACGGUUUUACGGAUCGCGACAUAAGCAAGGGCAUCAUCGAUGUGUUCAAGUCCGAGUUUGUAGACAUUCCAUUUGCCCGCUACAUUAAGGGCAAGUCUAAAGACACCAAACAUAAACGGAAUGCUGCAAAGACCAACAUGGAAGACGAUGACUCGUCGUCGACUUCGCCCGACGAUGUAUUGAAACCAAAACUAGAAAGCAAUGAUAGUGAUAAAGAAAUGGAGGAUGACGAGGUCGAAGCUAGACUACAACAAAACACCUUCAAUAAGAAGCGUCGACUGUUCAACAAUUCCGCAGUGGGCAGUGCAGCGCCGCAAUUGGAGCCAACAGAAGCCAAAAAAUCGAAACUGCAAAAUGACGAACAACAAGAACAACAACAUCUACGCUUGGAAAAAUCUGCCUUCACCAUGCCAGAAAUAAAAAGGGAAGAAGAUUCCAACGAAGCGGCGACAACAGCAGCAGCAGCAGCAACAACGAAUACCGACAGUGACUGUCGGGAGGUGGACAUGGAACUUGAAACUAUAACCACCAAAGAGCCCGCCGUCACCAAGACAUUCGAUCCUAAAUCGACGGUAAGGGAUCCGGCUUUGGUUUUGCAACGCCGACGUUCCUCCUCGUCCCUUGAAGAUGAAUGCUAUACCCGCGAUGAGUCCAGUUUGUAUUUGGUCAACGAGAGUCAAGACUCCUUGGCACGUCGUUGCAUAUGCAUUUCCAAUAUAUUCCGCAAUUUGAGUUUUGUGCCCGGCAACGAAUCCAUUUUGGCGAAGUCACAACGAUUUCUGGCAGUGGUUGGGCGUUUGCUGCUGCUCAACCACGAGCAUUUGCCACGGACACCGAAGAAUCGCAACUACGACCGAGGCACCGAAGAAGAUACAGAUUUCUCCGAUUCUUGUAGCUCGCUGCAAGGGGAACGUGAAUGGUGGUGGGACUACCUCAUCAGUAUACGUGAGAAUAUGCUAGUGAUAAUGGCGAACAUUGCUGGCCACUUGGAUUUAUCGCGGUACGAGGAGUUAAUAGCGCGACCUCUAAUUGACGGUCUUCUACAUUGGGCGGUAUGUCCUAGUGCCCACGGCCAAGAUCCCUUCCCAUCGUGCGGUCCUGCCUCAUCUCUAUCACCCCAAAGACUUGCCCUGGAGGCUCUGUGUAAGCUGUGUGUAACGGACAACAAUGUGGAUCUGGUCAUAGCCACACCACCCCAUUCGAGGCUUGAGAAACUAUGCGCUGUGCUCACCCGACAUUUGUGUCGCAACGAAGAUCAGGUAUUGCGGGAGUUCUCUGUUAAUCUGCUUCACUAUUUGGCAGCAGCAGACAGUGCAAUGGCCCGAACGGUGGCACUGCAAUCGCCUUGUAUAUCGUACUUGGUGGCGUUUAUAGAGCAGGCUGAGCAAACAGCCCUUGGCGUAGCCAACCAGCAUGGCAUCAACUACUUGCGAGAGAAUCCCGAUUCAAUGGGAACCAGUUUGGACAUGCUACGUCGAGCUGCUGGUACUUUAUUGCACUUGGCGAAGCAUCCGGACAAUCGAUCGCUGUUCAUGCAACAGGAACAACGGCUGCUGGGUCUAGUAAUGUCGCACAUUCUCGAUCAGCAAGUAGCCCUGAUAAUAUCACGUGUUCUAUUCCAAGUGUCGAGGGGUCCAGGCACGGCAGUCAAUUCUCUCGAAUAUCGCAUGCAACAAAAGCAGUUGCAACAAAAGAAUGGUGUGCAGGAUCGAAAACAAGCCGUCGUCGAAAGAAAACCAGACGAAGCUGCAUUGUCUUCGGAUAAGGAAACGCCGGCGACGACGAAUGCAAGUGAUUCGAAAACUGCCGCGACAACAGAAGCGUCGGGGUCUGCAGCAGAUCAGCAAAUAAAAAUUGAAGCUAGUGAAACGGCGAUAUCUGGGGGAAGCAGCAACGAAGUCGCGCCGAUGUCUAGCAACUCAAAUGCCAACGAUAGCAGCAGCAGCAACAGUGGUGGAGGGGGUAUAGCCGCCGCCGUCAGCAACAACAUCGAAAAUGUAGCCGGCAAAAAUCCAGCCUCCUCAUCCUCCAGCACUAUGAUUGUUUCGGCCGAUAGUGAGAACAGUAACAGUAGUUCGCAAAUAACGCCCACAGCUGCUUUCAACGAUGUCAGCAACAGUAGUACAAAUAGCAACAGCUGUGGAACGGCAGCCAGCAGUCUUAGCCAGAACAGCACAAACAGUUCGAUCGGUAGCUGUAGCAAUCUGAGUUCGAGCACAACGGCGCCCACAAUGCACCACCACGCGCACCACCAUCAUCACCUGCAUACGAACAACAAUAAUAGCAGCAGUAGUAGUGUCAGUGGUCAGGGCUUGACGACGAGUGAGCAGUUGAAGAACAAUAUGCUGGGCACGGUUGCUGCCACGAAUAGCAGCAAUAGUAUGAAUAAUAUGUCGUCGGCAGCUGCGGCAACUGCAACGGCCACGACUAAUUCUGUGGCAGCACAGCAGCAACAGCAAAUAACAGCGCCAUCACCACCAGCCACCACAGCACCUCCAUCUCAAGCCCCAACUGCGAAUACAUCAACGACAGCGGCGGUUGCGUAG